CUUAAGACAUUCAACACACACCAGUUGCAAGCUGACAGGCCGUGUUGUAACCUCAAUGUUACACACCUGCCUGACGUACUACCUUGCAUAGAAACUGUGUCGUUGUGACCUGAUAAUGGAUGUUGAUUCACUGGGGCUUAUCAGCCAGUAUGGCCUGAAUAGAGCGUCCUGUUACACAUACCCGGCCGAUGUCCGGACUCCCGCAAACUAGGUCGUACAGUGAUUUCGACAUAAAGUACGGUAUUCCUCUACCUGUACACAAACGUUGCUAUGUGACCUUAAAACAAGGAAAUCUAGCGGUCGGGGACGAACGCAGGCAGUAAUGGACGUACGUGUUUUCAGUGGAGUGUGUGUUAUACUGUUGGGAGCAUUAUUCCCCUGUUCAGGUGCGUGUAACGUUACGCUGUUCGCUCAAAGGGAACCGCUGAAUUUCACAUCUCCAAACUAUCCACGCAACUACAGGAACAAUGACUAUUGUUAUUGGACUAUCUACCCACAUACAAGCGGCUACACCGUUGUACUCGACAUGGUUUACUCAAACAUCGCAACCUCGACCUUUACAUGCCAGGACAGUCUCACACUGAACAUGAAAAACAACGCUAACGGAAGGACUGACAGCACCCGCAAGAUUUGUGGCAAAACGAGAAGGAAUGUGGCAGCCCCUCAAGGUCAAUACUUUUACGUUGUUUUCGUGACUGAUAACAGCAUCACUGAAAGCGGUUUUCUGAUUAGAUACUACGAAACCCGAGAAAAAUCCGGCUGUGACAGGCGACUGGAGGCGACGACAGCCAGCAAAACGUUUACCAGUCCCGGAUAUCCCAAUGCAUACUUCCCGAGACAGACAUGUGAUUGGACUAUUACGACAGAACAACAAAAUCAGAUUGUUUUCUUGGAAACCAUUGACGCAUUAUUCCAGAAUCCCUCAGCAACAGGGAUAUGUUACGGCGAUUACGUCAAUGUAUAUAACGGACAAACCAGUUCGGACCUGCUCGGCACGUUCUGUGGGACAGAUAAACCCGUUUUUCUCAGCAGUGCUACAUCAAUGCGUGUUCGCUUCCACUCGGAUGGCGCGAACAACUACAAGGGAUUUCAGAUGAGAUACACUGCAAUUCCUGCAACAAUGUGCAACGCUACACUGACGGCAGCGCCGUAUCCGUUGAAGAUUGUCUCCCCUGCCAAAAGAGAAAACUGUGUGUGGAUUAUUCAGUCAUCUCCAUCACAAAGACAAGUGAGCAUUACGAUUCUUGCGUCGGACGCGGAUGAGUCAGCUCAUGGGUCGUGUUCAGACGACAACGGAGCAUUGCUCGUAUACAACGGGAGAAGCACCCGACAGACCGCCUUCCUGGGGAGAUGGUGUGAAUCUGGUCCUGAACGGCAGUACAGCAGUACGGUCAAUUCUCUCACAGUCAUCGGGCACUCAGGAGGCCAGAGGGAUGUGACGAUAUCGUACCAAGAAAUACAUUCGGUAUGCGGAAGUCCAACCCUCACGGCUUCCAGCGUCUAUGGCAGCUACCUUACCUCACCUGGCUACCCUGCAAAUUACCCCGAUGGCUUGAACUGCGUUUGGGUGAUUUAUGGUCCAAAUGGAACACAAAUCAAAGCUGAGGUUUUGGAUGUUGCUUUUGAAGCAUCACCUUUGUGCGAAAGGGAUUACCUUGUGUUCAGGGAAGGUACUAGUUCUAAUUCUGAGGUCAUCAAGCAAAUGUGUGUUCCUGUAACUGGAGAUAUAUUCAGCUCCGGCAAUCAAAUGUACAUCACCUUUCACUCAGACAUGAGUGUAACGCAUAAAGGGUUUCGUUUGAAGUACUCAGCAGUGAAAGCAGGGUCUGUUUGUGGAAAUAUCCGCCUCAUCGCCUCCACCUGGCGAAGGUAUUUGACGUCACCGGGCUAUCCAAUACCUUACCAUAAUGGGUUAGAAUGCCAGUGGACAGUUGUUGGGCCGAUUGGAAUGGGCAUCAAAGUUCAUAUUUUGUUUCUUGAUAUGGAAACGUCUGAAACGUGCACGAGGGACUACCUCCUGUUUAGUGACGGAGUUGCAAAUGCCACAUUGGCUAAAAUGUGCCGGUUUAGGUCUACGGAUAUCGUUAGUACAAGCAACUAUAUGGUCAUCGAUUUCCACACCGACAGCUCAGUCACAGGACGAGGAUUCAGUUUGCAGUACUUUACAGUAAAUGCAGACGCAAUUCCUAAUCGCAAUUGUGGAAAGAGAAACUUAAGUGCCGACACGUACCUGGAGAGGUAUUUGACUUCCCCUGGAUACCCGUCGCCCUAUGCAAAUAACUUAAACUGUGAAUGGACAAUAUCGGCGCCCUUUGGAAAGAGAAUAAGAGUUGCAAUUGUGACCAUUCAAAUGAUAACGACGCCAGGGUGUGUGCAUGACUAUCUUCUCCUCAGUGACGGAGCAUCGUCUAAUGCUGUUCAGUUGAAUAAACUCUGUGCUGCGACCUUAAAGUACAUCUUCAGCUCUGGUACCAGCAUGACCAUCACCUUCCACACUGACACAUCGGGUGUAUCGUCGGGAUUUAGUGUGAAGUAUAAAGCUGGAGUAUAUUCAACAACACCAAGAGGCUGCGGACAUCACAUUGACAUAACGCAUUUAGAUUUUGGACAAAUUGAAUCCCCAAAUUACCCCCUGAAUUACCCAAGGAAUGUAGACUGCACAUGGACAGUCUCCACUGAUAACAAGGGAUAUGUGAUCAGAAGUAGUGUGGUGUCUUUCAACACUGAAGAGGAUCCCUCCUGUAUAUACGACUAUGUACAAAUUUAUGACGGUCCUGAUUCAACUGCUGUUUCACUCGGCCGAUGGUGUGGUUUGAAGGGGCCGGCAAUUAAGAGUUCCGGGGCGAUGGUGUGUGUUGUGUUCCGAUCGGAUCAUUCAGGCUCCCGUUCUGGAUUUGUUUUGUCCUUCUCUGCCAGCAAACCAUCGUAUGCGGAUUCUUACAGCCCCAAUGUUGGGGGCAUAGUUGGAGGAACAUUAGGAGCGAUUGUCUUCGCACUUAUGCUUGUGUGUUGUUGUUUGUGGUGCAACAGAAAGAAAUCCUCUACCAACGCCCAGCCCCAAAGGAACAUGAUGGUAACCAUGGUAAAUCACAGCUCACAAGAUACCAUCCCCAACAGCGUUUACUCCAUCUCCCUUUCAAAUCAACCUCCAUCUGUAGCUGAACUAAUUGUGCCCACAGCACCACCAGCAUAUGAUGACGUCGUCAAGAAUGACCCCCCUCCGUACUGUGAGGUAAUGGCACAGUUAGACUUCCAGCCUGUUGUAACGUCAUACCCUAGCGAUGCAUUUGUAAAUCGAGGGGUAGAUAACCCAGCAUUCUCUAGCACGGAGGUUUAGUGUGACGGUUCUGUGUAUGAAGUGUGUAGUUUAAUGACAAGAGACACACACAUGGACAAACCUUGAAACGACGUAUUUCUCAAUACUGAAACUGUUGAUACAAAUACAAAAUAAUGUAUAACAUACUUUAUUCAUGCAUACGGGUAGUGCUUCAAGGUGAACGAUGUGUUCUGCAGACACGUUAUUUUAGAAUCUAGUCGGCAGUACUAGAAAACAAGCACAUUUGCAAUACUGCCAUGUGGUAACUUCAUGGACCAUGGGGGAUCGGCUGGUUAUCUCAAGUGCCACAGUUUAAAGUCCAUAGUUGCAUCUCUUUGGACUUGAUAUUUUCUCUGUGUCAUGCGAAACCUCACUCGUUGUUCUACAGAGUUGCGUACCAUGGACGUGCAUCAGCUGCUGAUGGUUAUUGUUUCUGUUACCUGCGAAACGUCGGGCUCUUCCGUGGACGUUUAAGUGAUUUUAUAUGUAACUGGAACGCUGUUAACUGACUCAAGGUGGGACAGAAUUCUCUGGGUGUAUGCAUUACAUUACCCCACCUCAGUUGUGGGAACCAUUAAUGUAGACUAACAAGUGGACCUGGACACUGAGAUAAGACCGAGAAGAAAUUGUCCGAGAAGAAAAUGUCAAAACCUAGAACCAACAAGAUGCAUCGUAACAAUGAUCACUUAAAUGAAAACGUACACAAGAAAGCCAACACUUCAGAAGUUGUUAUCGCUCCAAAGACUGUGAAUAAAAUAUUGAUAACAG